GUCGGAGCUGGAGGCGCGUCGCCGAUGGAGGUGCGUCGGAGCCGGAGUUCGUCGGAGCUGCACGCGAUCGCCAGAGAAGAAGAAACAGAGAGGGAGAGACGAGCCGAGGUGUUUGUUUUGGAUGAGUCUGAAAUCGCGAGAGGGAAGGGAUGAUUAGGGCAAAAAAAGCCCAUUGAAAAGACUGACUUACCCUUAAUGAAGGGUAAGUCUGAAAUCGCGCCCGCGAAUCCGCGAUUUGGGCCGCUCCGCUACGCCUCCGACGCGGCCGCUCCAGCCGCUACAAAAAUCCGCCACGCGACAGCAGCCACAUUGCGGGGUGAGGCCGCUCCGCUCCGGAGUGCCGCGAUAGCGGCCGCUCCGACCGCUAUUGACUACUAUGAUUUUGAGACCCCUUUUCCUUGGACUAGGAAUUCCUCCUCAUCAGGUUGCAAGUGCUACAUCAACAUUGGUAAUAGCAUUUUCUGCAUCUUUGGCAGUGGUGGAAUAUUACCUUCUCAAACGUUUCCCUGUUCCUUAUGUGUUUUAGGUGCUUAAAUCAUUGUUUAAAGAGAACAAGUAUCCAGAUGGAAGAGUUGAAGUCAGAAAAUUUCGCAGACAGGUUGUGGGCUUGGGCCAAAUGAAAAGAAGAGGAAAAGACAACUCUUAAAAUUUUAAAAAGAAAAAGAAAAAGAAAAGAAAAAAAGAGUCUGAAAAUAAAAGAGGAAUAAUUAGAAGAAGAAAAAAAGGAGAACUAAUAGUCAGAGAGAGGAACGACUUAUCAAGAGGAGAUCAACUCACCAUCGGAAGAUGAACGACUCAUCAGUCUUUUUUGGUUUUUCCUUUUUCAUUAUGCAGAACUAAUUUUCUUUUUGUUAGAAUAUUGAUGUAAUAUUCUGGAUCAUAGUUUCUGAACCUUGUCAA